CCGCUAGGCACGACUUCCGUCCGGCGUCGACAAUGGCCCCUCUACGCUACACCCCUCUUCCCCUUCCCCGUAAAACACGUUCUCCUGUCGCUGUCAGAGGCGUCAAGAAAGCGACACAAUACCGCGUUCCCCAAUUCUCAGCUGUUCUUAACAGUCGACCUGUUUGCAAUCGCGCCCCUGAUCGUGCUCGACGCGAUCAGAAUGGUAUCGAACGAGAACAGCCUACCUUCGACCGCCGAUACACACAAGCCACGACCGGCUUCCGUGAAGUCUACGAAGAUCAAGACGUAGAGGUUUCGGAGCAAGAACCGGCCGAAUCAUGUCUAUUUCAUUGGGAAGACGAGAAAACUCUAGUUUCGGAUAUGAUGCAUGACGGGAGGUCCGCUGACGAGGAAUCAGAAGACCUGAAAUUGUGUUCUUUAGCUGAAUCUAUCCAGGAUUCGUUAUCUCUUUACUCCAAGGAACUUAUAGACGACAUCGCCGACACUCUCGUUCCUGCAGCAAAUCGCGUCAAACAAGCGCAUGAAGUGCUGAACAGAGAAAUGGACGGGGAAUUCGCUGAGGGCUUGCAGAGCUUCGUUCAAGGGUGUCACCAGAUGGAAGACGUGACAAUCCGAGAGAGCAAACGAGUAAGAGAGGUAUACUGUGACUCUCAGACCCGCGUUGUAGAAUUAUUCAAGAGUCUACAUGAUGCAUGUAUGCGUCGCGAUCAGCUUUGGAAAGAUUUGGAGAGAAAUUUGGAGGAAAUAAUCAACCCCACCAAGGAAAGGAUCAAGAGUCUGCCGACACAUAUGGAACACACCAUCGCCAAUCUCGAAAAGCAGAGCAAACAGAUCGCUCAGAAAAAAGACAACGGCGGUACCGAGAAACUGUACAAGAGUUUAUUGAGCAACCUUAUCUGAAUCCGGGUUCCUGUGUCUCCUGCUCUCUGGUGUUCUGCUGUGCGCCUUGUGGUCUCCCUUGUUGUCUGCCUGGUUUCCAUUCGCUCCGUCGGCUAGCUGUACUUAUUAUUGAAUCAUAGUGAUGCUCCCAUUGGAUUGAGUACUGGUUCGUAGUGAAUACCGCACAGUUGUACGAUGAGUAAAAGCAGUGAGAUGCGUGGUUGUUGUCAUUCCCACUGUCU